AUGUUUGCGCGUGCGACAGUGUGCAACCUGUUUGCCGUCGCUAAAAUUUCUUACGUGCUCCAAGCGUUGUGCAUGUCAAGGGCUAACAUACAACGUUUACACAGAGUACUCGCGGUGUUUGUAUGGGGUUCAAGCUGGGAGCGUACCAGCCGCACUAAUCUCUUUCGUUCGGUUAAAAAUGGAGGAUUAGGUCUGGCACAUUUGUUCAUUAGGCAGAUUGUGUCGAGGUUUGUUUACUUACGGGACCAAAAUGACCCAUUUUUAUUAACUAUGUUUCAAACAAGGCUGAGCGAGGCUAUACCUGAGUUUAUUGUAUCGUCACAUCGGUGCAGUCAAGGCAGAGCGCGUGGUUUCUUAAAAGAGGUAGUCUUGGCUUUUCAGCUCCUAAAGGUUCGGUUUUUCAUGGAAUACUUAAACAGGUUACCACGAAAGCGCUUAUAUAAGGACCUGGUAGACACAAUGUUACCGGUGCCAUUGUAUCGCUCGAUGUUCUGCAUUGGACCUGAAAAGGACGUACUAAAAAGAGAAAAACGAAUGCCAGUACGCCCGUCGGUAAAGUCCUUCUUUUCCCAGCUCCACACCAAUACUUUAAUUGUGAAACCGUGGCUAGAUGAAAAAGGACUUUCCGUGCCUUGGAGCGUCAACUGUUUACUAUGCCGGAAACCCGAAACAGUAGAACACAUUUUUCUUGACUGCUGGGAUGCUGUGUUCCAUUGGGACAUCUUACAGAGAACGCUAAAGAAGGACUUGCCGAUUACACCAUAUGGGAUUCGUUCCCUGCCUACUCUAAAUGAAGACAAAGUACCCUAUGACAUGUUCAUGCUGGUGUCCUUACAUAGUUUAUGGAAAACUAGAAUGGCCGUGAGACAUGCCGAAGUAAAUGCCCGGCCUGUUAGAGAAUACUUCAUUGAAAGCAUAUGUCAUAGUAAGGAAAUGUAUAAUAUUCAAAAAGAAAAACCAACAUGGCUCAGUGUGAUGACUGAGCUAGCGAAUUUCAAGCCUUUUUAGCCAUGUGACUGCCAACCAAUGGUAGAGAUUUUGUCAUGACCGUUGUGUAUUGUUAAAAUGUCUUGUUUUGUAGCCUUGUUGCCAUGUCGGUAAUAAAGAAAAAAAAAAAAUCCUCGUUAGUAUAGUGGCCAGUAUCCCCGCCUGUCACGCGGGAGACCGGGGUUCGAUUCCCCGAAGGGGAGCAAUGUUUUUACUUCUUUUUUUUUUUUUUUUUCAGACAGACGUAGGUGCACCCGCGACAAUUAUCUGCAGAAUCUGUCUGUUUCUUUCGCGGGCUUGCGAGCAAGGUUGUGCGAAAACGUUUGCACUGUUAUUCCCAUCGUGGAUAUAGUGCUUUAAGUGACGCCGGGCAUGUCUCCUCGUUAGUAUAGUGGCCAGUAUCCCCGCCUGUCACGCGGGAGACCGGGGUUCGAUUCCCCGACGGGGAGUAAUAUUUUUACUUCUUUUUUUUUUCAGACAGACGUAGGUGCACCCGCGACAAUUAUCUGCAGAAUCUGUCUGUUUCUUUCGCGGGCUUGCGAGCAAGGUUGUGCGAAAACGUUUGCACUUUUAUUCCCAUCGUGGAUAUAGUGCUUUAACUGACGCCGGGCAUGUCUCCUCGUUAGUAUAGUGGGCAGUAUCCCCGCCUGUCACGCGGGAGACCGGGGUUCGAUUCCCCUACGGGGAGUAGUAUGUUUACUUCUUUUUUUUUUUUCAGACAGACGUAGGUGCACCCGCGACAAUUAUCUGCAGAAUCUGUCUGUUUCUUUCGCGGGCUUGCGAGCAAGGUUGUGCGAAAACGUUUGCACUUUUAUUCCCAUCGUGGAUAUAGUGCUUUAACUGACACCGGGCAAGUCUCCUCGUUAGUAUAGUGGCUAGUAUCCCCGCCUGUCACGCGGGAGACCGGGGUUCGAUUCCCCGACGGGGAGUAAUAUUUUUACUUCUUUUUUUUUUUAGACACACGUAGGUGCACCCGCGACAGUUAUCUGCAGAAUCUGUCUGUUUCUUUCGCGGGCUUGCGAGCAAGGUUGUGCGAAAACGUUUGCACUUUUAUUCCCAUCGUGGAUAUAGUGCUUUAACUGACACCGGGCAAGUCUCCUCGUUAGUAUAGUGGCCAGUAUCCCCGCCUGUCACGCGGGAGACCGGGGUUCGAUUCCCCGACGGGGAGUAAUAUUUUUACUUCUUUUUUUGUUUUCAGACAGACGUAGGUGCAUCCGCGACAAUUAUCUGCAGAAUCUGUCUGUUUCUUUCGCGGGCUUGCGAGCAAGGUUGUGCGAAAACGUUUGCACUGUAGGCGCUGCGUGCGCCUACAAACAAGAAUGAAAAAAGAAACACUCCCCGUCGGGGAAUCGAACCCCGGUCUCCCGCGUGAUAGGCGGGGAUAUUGGCCACUAUACUAACGAGGAGACAUGCGACGCGCCAGCUAAAGCAGUAUAUAGACGAUUUGAAAAAAAAAAAAAACUUAUGCAACAGCGCUCACGCAAUCUUACCCACAAGUGGAAAAAAAUUGAGACAGCUACUGGGGUGGAGUGUCGAGUGCGGCGCUGCGUGCGCCUACAAACAAGAAUGAAAAAAGAAACACUCCCCGUCGGGGAAUCGAACCCCGGUCUCCCGCGUGACAGGCGGGGAUACUGGC